UACUAAAUCCUAAUCCCCUCCGCUCGUCUUCUCCCCCACAAAAUCAAACGCGCUGCUCCACUCCGAGCCGCGGCCAUGGAGCUCGCCACCGCGGCCGUCGUCUCCACAGCCUCCAUUCACCCCGGCCGCAGCCAUUUCUCAACCCCACGGGCAGCCUCCUGGCCUAGUUCCUCGUCGCCGUCCUCCUCCCGGUCCCUGGCCACCUCCGCCUCCAUCUCGCGGUCCCAGAGGCGACGACUCCCCGUCGCCUCGGCCGCCGUAGAGCUCCGCGAGGCCGCCGCGGGUGGUGGGGACUCCGUCCGCGUCAUCGAGACGCCGCAGCCCAACUCCAGUGUUAAGUUCAGCGUGGAGGUGCCUCCCUCGAUAUGCCAGGAGUGCUACCAAACAACUCUUCUCGAGUACUCAAAGCGUUUCAAGGUUCCUGGAUUUCGGCCUGGAAAGAUAGUUCCAGAAAAUGUACUUUUAAACUACGUUGGACCACAACAUGUACGGGCUGCUACAGUUGAAGCUAUCUUAAGACAUACACUUCCUCAAGCAUUGUCCUCGGUAGAAGAGAGGGCAUUAGAAGAUUCUGUGCGCAUUCUCACUAAGUUUGAUGAUAUGAACGAGGCUUUCUCCCUUGACCAUGUCUUUAGAUAUGAUGUUGCUGUGGAUGUUGUUCCUGAAGUCCGUUGGUUAUCUGAAGACAAAUAUAAGAACCUCAAAGUGGUUAUUGAAAUAGAUGAAAUUGUUGAUGCAGAAAAGGCAGCCGAGUUAGAGCUUAAGCGUCGUCGUAAAUCUCUAGGGCUGCUUCGAAUAGUACCUGACAGAGGCCUACAGGUAGGUGAUCUAGUUGUACUGGAUAUAUUGGCUGAAACUAUCACGACCGACGGCUCUAAAGGUGAAAAAAUUCCGUCAGCUGAGAGUACAGGGUUCCACUUGGACACAGAGGAAAAUACUAAUCUUGUUCCUGGAUUUCUGGGUUCGCUAAUUGGGAUUCGUCCUGGUGAGACUAGAACUUUUCCUAUUCAGUUCCCUGAGUCGUUUGAGCAGGAAACUCUACAAGGUGUCCGUGCCCAGUUUACUGUUGUCUGUAAAGAACUUUUCUUCAGAGAGUUGCCAGAAUUGGAUGAUUCGCUUGCCGCAAAGCUCCUUCCAGGAUGCAAUACCAUCGAUGAGGUCAAAGAACGAAUUUUGGAAAGAUGCAAAGAAGUGGAGAAGACGGCUAUAGAACAAGCAACAGAUAAUGCAAUCCUCGACCAACUGGGAAAGUUGGUAGACGUUGAUGUUCCACGUUCCUUGUAAGAACAAGGCCAACAGUUGUAUGGAGCGAAACUUCUCCAACUUCAGGCCGAAAGGAAGCUAGACAAAGACCAGCUAGCAUCCCUUUCAAGCGAGAAGUCGGUCCAGGAGUACCUAAAAGGUGAGAGGGAGAACAUUACUAGGAUCAUUAAGCAAAUGCUGGUUGUUGGUGAAAUAUUCAAGGCCGAAAAUUUGCAGUACUCGACAGACCAGCUCGUCAAGGAAGUCGAGAACUCUAUAGAAGAGUUCAAACGCUAUAAUCAAGACUACGAUGAGGGGAACAUCAAGCAGCAGGUUCAGGAUGUUCUGGAGGCUGCCAAGGUGCUGGAGUGGCUCAAGGAGAACUGCACGAUCGAGUACAUAAAAAAAUGAGCGCGACGCUAGAUGCUCUGUCAGUUUUCAAGGAUGGCAGGCGUGCAAACUCUCUCUGGCCUACCUUGGUUUUGCAGACAGAAGAGUUUGCUUUGUUCAUAGCACAAGAGAGAAGUCUCGUUUACAUGUAGAUGUCAAGUUUGCUCUAUACGUACCGAAAGUGUUACUCUAAUCCCGAGCUCAAAUAUCAUAAACAUACUCCAAGAGUACUAUAUUAUGUGAGGUAUUGUUUUCUCUUUA